GCGCUCCGGGGGCACUCGCCGGCAAUCGAUCCCCGACCGCACUACAGCACAGCGGUCGACAAGACUAAGCCAUGGCGGACAAGACGAAGGUGACUGAGCAGUACUACGCACCACCACCAGAACUAGGGAAAUGGGAGUCAUUCAGGACCUUCCUGUGGAACUCCGAGACGGGCCAGUUCUUAGGCCGCACUGGAUCGAGCUGGGCUAAGAUCCUGCUAUUCUACGUGAUAUUCUACGCGGUGCUGGCUGGCUUCUUCGCAGCAUUGCUGGCCAUCUUCUUCCAGACCCUCGACGCCAAGAUGCCCAAGUGGCAGAUGGAAGCUUCCAUCAUUGGCAACAAUCCAGGUCUUGGUUUCCGACCGACCCCUGACACUGCCAACGUGGAGAGCACGCUCAUCUACUACCGUGCCAACGAUAAGGGAUCCGUGCUCAAAUGGAGCAAGGUUAUCGACGAAUUCCUUGACCAAUACCGCAAGAAGGGUUCAGGUGUGGGCGAAGCCACUGGCGCUGAGAACAGAGUGGCGUGUUCCCCCACUUCUGGCGCCCUGGGCGAGAAGCAGGUGUGCGAUGUCCCGGUCGAUGACUUCCACCCCUGCACGCCAGCCAACCAGUACAACUACGAAGAGGGAGGCCCCUGUGUCUUCCUCAAGCUAAACAAGAUCUUCAACUGGACUCCGAAGCCGUUCAACACCACAGAGGAUCUGCCAGCCAACAUGCCUGAGGACCUCAAACAACACAUCAAGAUGGUCGCCGGCAAGCCAGAAUCGAACACAGUGUGGGUGUCGUGUGAGGGUGAGAACCCUGCGGACGUGGAGAACAUCGGGCCGGUGCAGUACAUCCCCCGCCGUGGCUUCCCUGCCUUCUACUACCCCUUCACCAACAAGGAGGGGUACCUCAGCCCGCUCGUUGCCGUGCUCUUUGAGAAGCCGAGGACGGGUGUACUGAUCAACAUCGAGUGCAAAGCGUGGGCGAAGAACAUCCAAUACGACCGCUACGAGCGACGUGGCUCGGUACACUUCGAGCUGAUGGUAGACCGCUCCUAAACGCCGGGCGCUGAUUGGCUGCCGGCCGCCGACCGGCCGCGCCAGCCAAUAGCGUCGUCAACUGACCACGCCACGGCCGCCAGCCUACCAAUCAGGGGCGAACACAUACUUACGUGAUACCCGGCCGCCGAGGACGUUGUUAGUUGACUGCUUGAAGGCGUCUAAAGUGACCAACUGGCCGCCUGUUAGAAUCAAACUGCCAAUAGUCGUUAUCGAAUGUCACUCGCCUCACGUCAGGUUGCCAGCUGGUCGCCAGAGAUGCUCAGGCCGUCGCCCCUGAGCGUUGUGGUCACCACUCGCCACGGGCGCCCAGGCCAGGCCCGGCGCCUGUUGCCGCGCCGUUAGCAAUAGCCACAUAGUCGGCGAUUUAUUUAUAUUCGUUUUAGAAUAAGCCAGAAGGCGCCACUAAGUUAAAUGUUUUCUUUCACGCUUCGAAUAAAGUGAAUAAAUUUUAAUGAUUGAUAUUUAUUAUAAUGUAAUGUUUUCUGGACGGAAUGUCAAUAAACACGCAAUAGUUGGUUCCAAUUUAUAGGUUUA